GCGGCCCGGCGGGGCGGGUGCGCGGCCGGCGGCGCUGGCGGAGGAUGCGGGCGGCGGCCCCGCGGCGCGGGCGGCUGCAGGAGGGCGGCGGCGGCGGCGGGGCCGGCGGCGGGCAGCGGCGCGGCGCCUGACCGCAGAGCUCCGCUCCGCGCCCGAGGAUGCUGGGGGGCGAUGCCCGGCGACAGGGAGGACGAGAUCUGCCAGAAAGCGCUGCAGCUGCUGGCCGAGCUCUGCUCCGUCGGGGCGGUGGAGAACGACAACUGCCGGGAUUUCAUCUACUACCUGCGGGACAGAGCCCGGCCCCGCCUCACCGACUCAGAUAUCUCAGUAAGCUUGCUCUCCUUAGUUGUCACAGCCUGUGGUCUUGCUCUCUUUGGUGUGUCCCUGUUCGUGUCCUGGAAGCUUUGUUGGAUCCCUUGGCGAGAACGUGGCCUGCCAUUUGGGAACAAAGACAACAAACAGGAAUCCCUGAACUACACAGAUACAGAGACCAAUGACCAUGAAUACAGUGACGAUUUUCUGGGUCAGCCGACAACCUAUCCAGAGUCCUCCAUGAAGAUCAGCCACACCUCCCCUGAUAUUCCGUUAGAUGCUCAAACUGGAACGAAGGAGAACUGCGUACACAAUGCGCGAAUGCAUCGUCAGACCACUGAACCCACCUCUUCUGCUCGGCAUAAUUCAAUCCGGAGACAGCUCAACCUCUCCAACCCUGACUUCAACAUCCAGCAGGUUCAGAAACAGGAGCAACUGACAGGAAUUGGCCGCAUUAAGCCAGAGCUAUAUAAACAAAGAUCAGUGGACACAGAUGAUGGCCGGAGGAGUAAUAGCAAGGCAUGUGGAAAACUGAACUUUAUUCUGAAAUAUGACUGUGAUUUAGAGCAGCUGAUUGUGAAGAUACACAAGGCCAUCAACCUGCCAGCAAAGGACUUCUCUGGAACUUCGGAUCCAUAUGUGAAGAUUUAUCUGCUUCCUGACAGGAAAACAAAACACCAGACUAAAGUGCAUAGAAAAACCCUAAAUCCAGUAUUUGAUGAAGUUUUUUUAUUUACUGUCCCAUACAAUGAUCUGAAUGCACGGAAACUCCAUUUCUCAGUGUAUGACUUUGACAGAUUCUCCAGGCAUGACUUGAUUGGCCAAGUGAUAGUGGAUAAUUUUUUAGAUUUGGCAGAUUUUCCCAGGGAAUGUAAUAUUUGGAAGGAUAUUGAAUAUGUCACCAAUGAUAACGUCGAUCUUGGCGACCUGAUGUUUUCACUCUGCUACCUUCCAACAGCUGGUAGACUAACUAUUACAAUAAUAAAGGCAAGAAAUUUAAAGGCAAUGGAUAUCACAGGAGCAUCAGAUCCCUACGUGAAGGUUUCUUUAAUGUGUGAAGGAAGGCGACUAAAGAAAAGAAAAACUUCCACCAAGAGGAAUACCCUUAAUCCCGUUUACAAUGAAGCCAUAGUCUUUGACGUCCCUCCAGAAAAUAUUGACCAAAUUAACUUGUCGAUAGCUGUUAUGGAUUAUGACCGUGUAGGUCACAAUGAGGUCAUUGGAGUAUGCCAAGUAGGCAACGAUGCAGAAAGUCUAGGUCGUGACCACUGGAAUGAAAUGCUCUCAUACCCACGGAAACCCAUCGCUCACUGGCAUCCUCUCGCAGAGGGCCCUAUUCAGCAGAAAUGUUAUGCAGGUCUUCUGCGCUUGGAUGACUGCCGAAGAGGCUUCCUCACCCUUUUAACCUAUUCAGCAGAAAUUUGGCAUUCCUGUUGAACUCUUUCUUAGCCAUAUCCUCAGGGGCUAUUCCACAGAGUCCAGUGGGGAAUCAAGUGGGGGAGGGUGUCCAGCGCAUCCCGGCUGUGCAGAGAAAUAUAUACACAGCAUAUCAUUUUGGUUCCUGAAUCAGGAUUAGACUCAGCGAGAGCUUCUGGAACCUCUGUGGCCACAGCCAUAGGACCCUGAAAAUUUGCUGAAUAGGACCCUCAGUCUUCUACUGUGUGAAGAGCUAUUGGUUUCAAGUAGUGCAAUGUUAUCCACUUGUAGCAUUAGAUCUCCAGCCAACACUAUUGCUACUGAUAGAUUAUUUGUAUGGUCAUAAGCAUUACCCAAAUUCUAUCAUAAGUUCUGUUCAUUAGAAUAACCCAGAUUUUACAGGUAACAUGAUAACAAUGAAAAGCGAUAGAUAUUGGACUGGAACCAGCAACAGAAGUGGUUCUUGUAUUAAAAAAAAAAAAAAAAAAAAAAGUGCUGUAGUGUAAAUUGAUAGCUUUGGAAGUCUUUUUUUUCUUUUUUUUUUUUCUUUUUUUUUUUUUAUUUCCCCCAGAACAAUUGUUAUCAGACAUUUAUUUUCUGAUGAAAGUUUGUAUCCCCACUGUCAGUUGGUGCCUCCUUUCACCUUACAUGAAAAUAAGGUUAUUAGAGUCCUUUGCAGAAAUCCUUCAAAUCUAAAAACUUGAAAUAAGUUCAUGCCAUACUAUUAAGAACACUCCUGGAAAACUCAACAAUUCUUCAAAGCCUGCCCAAGGAACAUUUCAGAUUGGUAACUGGGCAUGUCCAGAAGAACAAAGAAAUACAGCUAUAAAAUAGCCCUAGCAAAACCAUUUCACUACACUAUCAACUGAAGCCUUACGUCACCAGACCAGUGAUAUAAAUACAAUGCUUAUAACUGUUCAUGCACGAUCCUCACUUCAGGCAAAAUUCUGCACUUUCUGCUCAGGCACAUCUCCCAGGAGCCAAUGUGAGGAGAUAUGCAUGAGCAAAGAGGAGGACCUUUUCCUUUGGAGUGGCGUUCUUUGAUUUCCUGGGCAACUCAUUGUACAUGCAUCCCUACCUGGGAUGCAAAGCAGGCAGCUGCAUGCUUUCCCACCGCAAUUGUUGUUACCAGGGCAAUGUAAAGAACAAUAGCUUCUGUAAAAAGGAAAACACUGAUGCAGCUAGCUCGUUUUGUCUUCAUGUAACAGGGUAAAAGCCUUUCUAAGAUUUGUCUCUAGUGACUGAAAAGGGCAUAAAAAGAAAAGUAAUAUCAUUAUAAUGGCUAAUAUUUUAGAUUUUAUUACCAUACUCAGUUCAUUAAUGCUCAAGGGGCUGGCAUCAGGAGAAUGAUUUUGAAAACAGUUCUAUUACAAAGAAGAUAUCUCUAUGUUCAGGAAGCAAUUCAAGUGGAAUCCAGCACACCUCAAAGGCUUAGAGAUGAGGGAAAAAAUAUAUUUUGUUUAAAAUCCUCCUAACUCUUUUCUCUGACUCAUGAUUUACAAACUGUUACCCAGGCUAUGGCAUUACUGUGUUCUUUAUAAAAAUACCAGCCUCUUCAUAGAAGUGCAGAAGUGGAGCAGUAGUUGUUUUCUACACCUGGAUGCUUUACUCUUCACUUUUAUACUCCAGUUAAUUGAUGCUAUUCCCUAGAACUCAAACAUUCCCAGGGUAUCGUUCUUGUGGGCUGGUACUAAAAUGUGAAGACAGCAGCAGCGUGCAAUAAUGCAACAGUGCAUUGAAGUAACAGAGUGUUUACUGCUAGAAAGCCAGCUGGAAACCAAGAGAUAAUUGUGAUCCCAAUACUGUUGACACAUGCUUUUCUGAACUAUGAUUCCAAAAGGUGAAUUAGUAGAAGGGCUCAAACAAAUAAUUCCAAACCUCCAACCCUCAUUUGUUUUCUUAUUUUCCAUGAAUGAAUAAUUAUGCUGUAUCACAAGUACAGUAAGAGUAAAAUAGAAAUAAAUCCCUUAGAAAUACAUCUCAGCAAGAUUUUAAUCCCUCUUCACUCAUUAAAAAAUGUGCAAUUAAACUGUUAAUUUUAGUUUUCCAUAACAAGCCACAAUUUCAGGUAUUAUUAAAAAAUAGAAGAAAAAAAGUCAGUGAGAAAACCUUCCAAGAUACUGACACUGAGGCAGAUUAUAAUGGGAAGUUGUGUGAAAUUCCCCUGCUAAAAUACUCACAAGCACAAUCCUUCUGCUGUUGAGUGCUGAAAUUUCUUUAUUUUCAUGGAAUUCACAAGACAUCAAAAGCAUCACUGUUCUUUUGCCUCAUUUUCCCCUGUAAAUAACCCUGGCAGUGCACCAACAUGCAUACAUCGCAACCUGUGGCAGGGAGUGGCAGAACAGAAAGCAAGUAUGGUAGGAAAAAAAAAAAAAAGAAAAAAAAAAGGAAGACUGCUCAUUUGGUCUGAAGUGAGACAACAGACCAGAAUAAAAAGUAAGGUUACUUUAGUCCACCCAUCUCGGUUUGAGGGCAUAGUUGGGAUGUUUUUUUGUUUUUUAAAUAUCAACCAUUAUGAAUGGUUAUAUCAACACUGAGCACCUGAAGUCAGAAGUACAAAAGAUAUAUUUAGAGUUUUAUAAUUUGGCAAUGUUAGAGCACUGAGGGGGCCUAUUUGCCAUUAAAAAUAAAAAAUAAAAUUUAAAUUUUAAAAAAUGCUACAAACUCUCUUUAUUCUCUUCUAGCUUAAAAGCAACAAACGAUAAAGGGAAAGGGAGAAAGAGGACUGGAAAUUCAAUUGAAGAGUCUGUUUGACCCAGUUAGAAAUCUACUAAAUUAAAUUACACUUAAUGCAUUUUGAGUUCAUUUGAACAGAAAGAAGAAAAAAACAUACUAGGUAACUCAGCCUGAAUUGUCAUCAAUAAAAUGUUUUCUUCCCUUUAGAACAGUGCGUUGUCAAUUACAUCUCAGUGUCAAGCAAGAAAACAAUGGCUUUCUUAUCUAAAAGGGAAAAAAGCAUGUAGAGAAAGCAAUCUACAACUUUGUAGAAUUUAAUAGAAACCCUCUGUGCUGGGGAAAAUCGGAGCAGGACAGACUCUGUAACAACCUCACUUUGAUUCUUGCUGUAUUUACUGCAAGGCCUUGCUUGCAACCAAUAUUCUGUUUGGAAGUGACAGCUUUAUGAUACAUGAACCAAGCUGUGCAAGGUGUGAGGGCACUGCACAUUCAGGGCUGAGCUGCAUUUAGAGUUAGUAUCUGACACAGUGGGUUGGGCAAGGAACUACAGCUGGGAAAACUCCAGGGUCCUGCGGUUCUCUGAAAAGACUUCCACCUCCUUGAAGGCCCGAAAAAUGCACUGAUCCAGAGGGCAGAGACAGACGCUAUUCAGGAAAGGUAUCAUCAGGACAAACUCAACUGCUGACUGAACACUGCACACAUGGCACAGAAGGGAAGAUGACGUGAGAACUUGUAAGCAUCUGGGUUGUUUGAUUAUUUUGUGUGGGUUUUUUAGUUUGUCCUUCCUUUUCUCAGAUGUAGACACUGUAAAACUGAAAUGUUUUACGUCGUUGCAUGCUGGCCAAAUGUCAUUUUUAAUACCCCUUGCAAAGAUGCACAAAGAGAGCUGUGUUGUUUUGGUAUACUUUCAUUUUCAAUAACACAUGAACAUCGUGCUAUUCUUUAUUAUUUCUUGUUCAGUAAAUAGUCCUGGUAUCUCUAUGUUUCAUGUCUAAUUUUGGAGAGUAGAGCCAUACCUGUAUCAAGGCUCUCUCAACUAGGUGGGCAUUUUGUUUCAGUAGAAAUAAUGCAUGAUUCCUUUCACAGUGAUGGUUUGAGGGAAAAAAAAAACAAUCUUAAUUUUAUAAUAUGUAUUACAAUCUUCUAAACACGAGUAAAAAUGUACUGUGAUUUAUUUAUAUAAAUCUAGUCGGAACAAGUAAUUUUGAUCUUAAUAAAAACUCUGUAAGAAAUUG